AGACUGACUUGCUACCAGUACUAAACAAACUAAACAGUGCCAAAGACAUCAUUUUGAACUGCAAAAAGUAAAAAUGAAAAUUAAUAAAACAGUUUCAAACAAUCCUAAAAAUAAAAUCUUUAUUGGACGUGGCCGAGGUGGAAAACAUGCCAAAGAAAAGAAAUCUCGAGGGAGGCCAAGGUUGUUAUCAGAUCAAGAUAUCAGUUCAAAAUGGACUUUACAGGAAAAAACUAAACUUCUGAAAGGUUUAAAAAUAUAUGAAGCUAAUGAUUUGAAGGCCUUGAGCGAAAUGGUUGCCUCAAAAACUCCAGAUGAGGUUGAAGAGUUGAUCCAGGCCAUGAGGACCGCUGAGACGAAAAGAUGCCACUACCAGCUGCCCGCAGGCUAG